AUGUCUAAGCUAAAACGGGAUCGUGCUCGUUCACUUGUUGAACUACUUCAACGAAUGCAAUAUCAACAGCCGACGGUUGUACCGCCAACCAGCACAAUCGAUCAAUUAUUAAACGAUGCUGGUUCAUUUGGUCUUUAUCAAAAAAUUCAAUUUCUUCUUGUCGGCAUUCUUGCUGUAUUACCAGCUAUGACAGCAUUUAAUUAUGUAUUUAUAGCUGCAACACCUGAUCAUCGUUGUCAAUUACCAUUAACAAAUUUCACUGAUACAUUUCAAAUACAAUCAAGUGAACAUCAAAAUUAUAUCAAUCAAUAUAUUCCAUCAUCAGCAAGACUUAGGAAAUGUUACUUGAAUGACAUCAAUUCGCAGGAUAAAAAAAUAAUCCCAUGUUCAAAAUGGGUAUUUGACAGUACAUUUUAUAAUACAACAAUAUCUACAGAUUGGAAUCUUAUUUGUGAUCGUCUUCAUUUGAAAGGUAUAACACAAAAUGCUUAUAUUAUGGGUACAAGUGGAUCAUUUUUAACUGGUAUUAUGUCGGAUAGAUUAGGACGUCGAACAACAAUGUAUUUACUUAUAUUAGUUUUAGUUCUUGUACUUAAUGCAACACAAUUGAUGAUGCAUUCCAAUCUUUCUCACGAUACAAAAUUAGUUAUUUUUACCAUAAGUCGAUUUUUAACUGGCUUUGCGCAAACCACUUAUUCCAUCACGCUAGUUUUACUUUUAGAAAUGACAUCAGCAACAAAACGUGUCUUAGCUAGUAAUAUUCUUUCCUAUUUUUAUACAUUAGGUGAAUUGUUUAUUAUGGUUAUCUAUUAUGUUACUCGCGAUUGGUCAUUAACAAUGUGGAUCUUGACUAUGUAUGUAAUGCCAUUUUUAUGUUACUAUUGGUGUGUACCUGAAUCAGCUCGUUGGUUGGUAUCGACAGGACAAUUAUUAGAAGCUCGAAAAGUUCUCCAUCGUAUUGCGUAUGUAAAUCGACGAACAUUAGAAAAUUCUGAAAAAAAACUUUACGAUGAUUUACAACGCGAUGCUCAUAUUCGCCCGAAACGUUACUCUUAUAUACAUGUUUUAAUUAGUGUUAUAAAAUCUCCUGUUAUGCGUCAACGUUGUUUAAUUAUAUUCUAUAUCAUGAUGACAAAUUUAAUGGUCUACCUUGGUAUUGGCAUGGGAAUAACAUCGCUAACAAAUGAACAUCCAUACGAAAUAUUUCUUUUUUCGAUAUUUGCCGAAUUUUUUGGCCUUUGUCUAUGUCAUUUUUGUGCAACGAAAUUUGGUAGAAAAAUUCCUCUAAUUAGUUUUUUCACUCUAUGUUCUCUAUCAAUAUUAGCAAUACCAAUAACACAUAAACAUUAUCCGCUAAUUAGUUUAUCAUCAGCUUUAUGUGCAAAAUUAUUUAUAUCAGCAUCACAAGCAUUAUCAUGGCUGUACACAACGGAAACCUAUCCAACUGUAAUACGUUCAACUGGUGUUGGUCUUUCAGUUAGUAUUGCAAGACUUGGUGGUGUAUGGGCACCGCAAAUAUCUUUAUUAGCACAAUCUGUUUGGUUUCCAUUACCAUAUAUUAUAUUUAGUGUAUGCUCAUUUAUUGCAGCAGUUUUUGCAAUAUUUCUACCUGAAACACGAACAAAAACAGCUCUACCAGAAACGAUCAAACAAGCAGAAAAAUCUGAUAACGAUGAUCCAUCCAAUCACGAUGCAUCCCAUGAAGUGCAAGAAGACUUUAGCGUUCAAAUAGAAAAAUUGCCUAUAUGUUAUGACGAUACAGGAAGUAAUACAGGUUUAGAUGAAGUACCAUCUUCAGAACAAAUGAAAUCAGAAGAAGAAUCGACAGUAACAGAUAUCGGGCAGCAAGAUAAGAUCGAAUUUUUAAAAAACUAUGAAUAG